AUGAUUCUCAAUGAAGAAGUUACUUUAUUACUCCUGGUGGAGCGGAGCGCGCUGAAAGAGGAUGUUAGUGAUGAAGGCGAGGAGGAGCGCGAGUGCAUUUCCUACAGCGUCAGCAUCGACAUCCAUUACGGGCUCAAAUCAAACAGCCUGGCCCUGAUCAAGCGGACCGGAGUGAUUGAUGCGGACAAACCCAUCUCCACUCAGGUGCGAGUGCUGACUCUGAGCGAAGACUCUCCGUACGAGACGCUGCACUCCUUCAUCAGCAAUGCUGUGUCUCCGUACUUCAAAUCCUACAUCCGAGAGUCUGGCAAAGCCGACAGGGAUGGCGAUAAGAUGGCCCCUUCGGUGGAGAAGAAGAUCGCGGAGCUGGAGAUGGGCUUACUGCACCUGCAGCAGAACAUCGAGAUCCCCGAGAUCAGCCUGCUCAUCCACCCCAUCAUCACCAACGUGGCCAAGCAGUGCUACGAGCGCGCAGAGAAGCCCAAGGUCACAGACUUCGGGGAUAAAGUAGAGGAUCCCAGCUUCCUGAACCAGCUGCAGUCUGGAGUCAACCGCUGGAUCCGGGAGAUACAGAAGGUGACUAAACUGGACCGAGACCCUGCGUCUGGAACGGCUCUGCAGGAGAUCAGCUUCUGGCUGAACCUGGAGCGAGCCCUGAACCGCAUCCAGGAGAAGAGGGAGAGUCCGGAGGUGCUGCUGACGCUCGACAUCCUCAAACACGGCAAACGCUUCCACGCCACGGUCAGCUUCGACACCGACACAGGCCUGAAGCAGGCUGUGGAGACGGUGAACGACUACAACCCUCUGAUGAAGGACUUUCCCCUCAACGAUCUCCUGUCGGCCACUGAGCUCGACAAGAUCCGUCAGGCGCUGGUGGCCAUCUUCACUCACCUGCGCAAGAUCCGGAACACCAAGUACCCCAUCCAGCGUGCGCUGCGUCUGGUGGAGGCCAUCUCCAGAGACCUGAGCUCUCAGCUGCUCAAAGUGCUGGGCACUCGCAAGCUCAUGCAUGUGGCGUACGAGGAAUUUGAGAAGGUGAUGGUGGCGUGUUUCGAGGUCUUCCAGACGUGGGAGGACGAGUACGAGAAGCUGCAGGUGCUCCUGAGGGACAUUGUGAAGAGGAAGAGGGAGGAGAAUCUGAAGAUGGUGUGGCGUCUCAGUCCGGCCCACCGGAAGCUCCAGGCCCGCUUGGACCACAUGCGGCGAUUCAGACGGCAACACGAGCAGCUGAGAGCCGUCAUCGUUCGCGUGCUCAGACCUCAGGUGUCCGCCGUGUCCCAGCAUGCUCAGGGAAAGACGGCCGAGCCCGACGAUAUGAAGGUGGCCGAGGUGCUCUUCGAUGCCGCAGACGUCAACGCCAUCGAGGAAGUCAAUCUGGCCUAUGAAAACGUGAAGGAAGUGGACGGACUGGACGUCUCGAAGGAGGGAGUGGAGGCCUGGGAAGCGGCCAUGAAGCGCUACGACGAGCGCAUCGACCGCGUGGAGACACGCAUCACGGCACGCCUGCGAGACCAGCUGGGCACCGCCAAGAACGCCAACGAGAUGUUCCGCAUCUUCUCCCGCUUCAACGCCCUGUUCGUGCGGCCGCACAUCCGCGGAGCCAUCCGAGAGUACCAGACGCAGCUCAUCCAGCGCGUCAAAGACGACAUCGAGGCUCUGCACGACAAGUUCAAGGUGCAGUAUCCUCAGAGCCAGUCGUGCAAGAUGAGCCACGUGCGAGACCUGCCUCCCGUCUCCGGCUCCAUCAUCUGGGCCAAGCAGAUCGACCGGCAGCUGACGGCCUACAUGAAGCGCGUGGAAGACGUCCUCGGGAAGGGCUGGGAAAACCACGUGGAGGGUCUGAAGCUCAAGCAGGACGGCGACAGCUUCCGCGCCAAGCUCAACACGCAGGAGAUCUUCGACGACUGGGCAAGGAAGGUGCAGCAGCGCAACCUAGGCGUGUCGGGCCGCAUCUUCACCAUCGAGAACACGCGCGCCCGCGGACGCACCGGCACCGUGCUCAAGCUCAAGGUCAACUUCCUGCCCGAGAUCAUCACGCUCUCCAAAGAGGUGCGCAACCUGAAGUGGCUGAGCUUCCGCGUGCCGCUGGCCAUCGUCAACAAAGCCCAUCAGGCCAAUCAGCUGUAUCCCUUCGCCAUCUCGCUCAUCGAGAGCGUCCGCACCUACGAGCGCACCUGCGAGAAGGUGGAGGAGAGGAUGUCCAUCUCGCUGCUGGUGGCCGGCCUGAAGAAGGAGGUGCAGGCGCUCGUCACCGAGGGCAUCUCUCUGGUCUGGGAGUCCUACAAACUCGACCCGUACGUCCAGCGUCUGGCCGAAACCGUCUUCAACUUCCAAGAAAAGGUGGAUGAUCUUCUUCUGCUCGAGGAGAAGAUUGAUCUGGAGGUGCGCUCGCUGGAAACCUGCAUGUACGAGAAUAAGAUGUUCACGGAGAUCCUCAACCGCAUCCAGAAGGCUGUGGACGACCUGAACCUGCACUCGUACUCCAACCUGCCCAUCUGGGUCAAUAAACUGGACAUCGAGAUCGAGCGCAUCCUCGGGGUGCGUCUGCAGGCCGGACUCAAAGCCUGGACGCAGGUUCUCAUGGGACAGAUGGAGGACAAGGCUGAUGUGGACAUGGACACCGAGGCUCCUCAAGUCAGUCACAAGCCCGGAGGAGAUCCCAAGAUUAAGAAUGUCAUCCAUGAAUUGAGGAUCACGAACCAGGUGAUCUAUCUGAACCCGCCGAUCGAAGACUGCCGCUACAGGCUUUACCAGGAGAUGUUUGCUUGGAAGAUGGUCAUUCUGUCUCUACCCAGAAUCCAGAGUCAGAGAUAUCAGGUCGGCGUUCACUACGAGUUAUCAGAAGAGGAGAAGUUCUACAGGAACGCUCUGACCAGAAUGCCUGACGGUCCGUUUGCGCUGGAAGAAGCUUAUAAUGCAGUGAAGGAGAUCGUCUCCGAGGUGGAGCAGUACGUCAAGGUGUGGCUCCAGUACCAGUGUCUGUGGGACAUGCAGGCCGAGAACAUCUACAACCGUCUGGGAGAAGAUCUCAACAAGUGGCAGGCGCUGCUCGUGCAGAUCCGCAAAGCUCGAGGCACGUUUGACAACGCAGAAACCAGGAAGGAGUUCGGGCCGGCCGUCAUCGACUACGGCAAGGUCCAGUCCAAGGUGAAUCUGAAGUACGACUCGUGGCAUAAGGAGGUGCUCAGUAAGUUUGGACAGAUGUUGGGCAACAACAUGCAGGACUUCCACUCGCAGAUCUCCAAGUCUCGUCAAGAGCUGGAGCAGCAUUCGGUGGAUACGGCGAGCACCUCUGACGCCGUGACCUUCAUCACGUACGUGCAGGCGCUCAAACGCAAGAUCAAACAGUUUGAGAAGCAAGUGGACCUGUUCCGCAACGGCCAGCGUCUGCUGGAGAAGCAGCGGUUCCAGUUCCCUCCCUCCUGGCUGUACAUCGAUAACAUCGAGGGCGAGUGGGGCGCCUUCAGCGACAUCAUGAAGCGCAAAGACACGGCCAUCCAGCAGCAGGUGGCUAACCUCCAGAUGAAGAUCGUGCAGGAGGACCGCGCGGUGGAGAACCGCACCACGGACCUGCUGUCAGACUGGGAGAAGACCAAACCCGUAGCAGGCAGUCUGCGUCCAGAGGAGGCGCUGCAGUCGCUCACCAUCUACGAGGGCAAGUUCGGGCGUCUGAAGGACGACAGAGAGAAGUGUGCGAAGGCCAAAGAGGCGCUGGAGCUGACGGACACGGGUCUGCUGAGCAGCAGCGAGGAGAGAGUGCAGGUGGCUCUGGAGGAGCUGCAGGAUCUGAAGGGUGUUUGGUCGGAGCUGUCGAAGGUCUGGGAGCAGAUCGAUCAGAUGAAGGAGCAGCCGUGGGUCUCUGUGCAGCCGCGUAAGCUGCGCCAGAGUCUGGACGCUCUCCUCAACCAGCUGAAGAACUUCCCCGCUCGUCUGCGGCAGUACGCCUCCUACGAGUACGUGCAGAGACUGCUCAAGGGGUACAUGAAGGUGAACAUGCUGGUGAUCGAGCUGAAGUAGAAGGUGACCAAGUCUCCUCUGGUCAUGGACGUCCUGAACAUUCAGGGGGUUCAGAGGUCGCUGGAGAGACUCGCUGACCUGCUGGGAAAGAUCCAGAAAGCACUGGGAGAAUAUCUGGAGAGAGAGCGCUCGUCUUUCCCCAGGUUCUACUUUGUUGGUGAUGAAGAUCUGCUGGAGAUCAUCGGCAACAGUAAGAAUGUGGCCAAACUGCAGAAACACUUCAAGAAAAUGUUCGCUGGAGUUUCGAGCAUCCUACUGAACGAGGACAACACGGAGGUGCUGGGCAUCUCGUCCCGAGAGGGAGAGGAGGUGCUCUAUAAGACGCCGGUGUCCAUCACGGAGCAUCCGAAGAUCAACGAGUGGCUGACGCUGGUGGAGCGUGAGAUGCGGGUGACGCUGGCUAAGCUGCUGGCCGAGUCCGUCACAGAGGUGGGCGCCUUCAACAAGAGCACGGGCAUCGACCUGAGCACCUACAUCAACUGGAUCGACCGAUACCAGGCCCAGCUGGUGGUUCUGUCCACUCAGAUCGACUGGUCUGAGAACGUGGAGAGCGCUCUGACCACCAUCGGCGGCGGGGAAGACAUGGGUCCGCUGCAGGCCGUGCUGGCCAACGUGAAGGCGACGCUCAACCUGCUGGCCGACACGGUUCUGAUGGAGCAGCCGCCGCUGCGCAGGAAGAAGCUGGAGCACCUGAUCACGGAGUUGGUGCACCAGAGAGACGUGACCAGAACUCUGAUCAAGAACAAGAUCGACAACCCCAAGUCUUUCGAGUGGCUCAGCCAGAUGCGCUUCUACUUCGACCCCAAGCAGACCGACGUCCUCCAGCAGCUCUCCAUUCAGAUGGCCAACGCUAAGUUCAACUACGGCUUUGAGUAUCUGGGUGUGCAGGAGAAGCUGGUGCAGACGCCGCUGACCGACCGCUGCUACCUGACCAUGACGCAGGCGCUGGAGGCCCGUCUGGGAGGAUCGCCCUUCGGUCCUGCUGGAACGGGGAAGACCGAGUCUGUCAAAGCUCUGGGUCACCAGCUGGGCCGCUUCGUCCUGGUCUUCAACUGCGACGAGACCUUUGACUUCCAGGCGAUGGGUCGCAUCUUUGUGGGUCUGUGUCAGGUGGGCGCCUGGGGCUGCUUCGACGAGUUCAACCGUCUGGAGGAGCGCAUGCUGUCUGCCGUGUCUCAGCAGGUCCAGUACAUCCAGGUGGCGCUGAGAGAACACAGCAACCCCAACCGAGACCGCAGUGUGCCCGUCACCACAGAGCUGCUGAACAAACAGGUGAAGGUGAGUGCUGAGAUGGCCAUCUUCAUCACCAUGAACCCCGGUUACGCCGGACGCUCCAACCUGCCCGAUAACCUCAAGAAGCUCUUCAGGAGUCUGGCCAUGACCAAACCGGACCGGCAGCUGAUCGCUCAGGUCAUGCUGUACUCGCAGGGCUUCCGCACCGCUGAGAUCCUCGCCAAGAAGAUCGUCCCGUUCUUCAAGUUGUGUGACGAGCAGCUGUCGUCUCAGUCUCACUAUGACUUCGGUCUGCGAGCGCUCAAGAGCGUGCUGAUCAGCGCCGGGAACGUCAAGAGAGAACGCAUCCAGAAGAUCAAGAGAGAGAAGCGUGAGCGCGGCGAGGACGUGGAUGAGAACGAGAUCGCAGAGAACCUUCCGGAGCAGGAGAUUCUGAUCCAGAGCGUGUGUGAGACCAUGGUGCCGAAGCUGGUGGCCGAGGACAUCCCGCUGCUCUUCAGCCUGCUCUCUGACGUGUUCCCCGGCAUCCAGUACAUCCGCGGAGAGAUGACGGCGCUGCGAGAGGAGUUGAGGAAGGUCUGUGCUGAGAUGUACCUCACGUACGGAGACGGAGACGACGUGGGCAGCAUGUGGGUGGAGAAGGUGCUGCAGCUCUAUCAGAUCACGCAGAUCAAUCACGGGCUGAUGAUGGUCGGUCCGUCCGGCAGCGGGAAGACCAUGGCCUGGAGAGUCCUGCUCAAAGCCCUGGAGAGGCUGGAGGGUUUGGAGGGCGUCGCUCACAUCAUCGACCCCAAAGCCAUCAGCAAAGACCACCUGUACGGCACGCUGGACCCCAACACUCGCGAGUGGACCGACGGGCUCUUCACACACGUGCUCAGAAAGAUCAUCGAUAACGUUCGCGGAGAGCUGCAGAAGCGGCAGUGGAUCAUCUUCGACGGUGACGUGGAUCCGGAGUGGGUGGAGAAUCUGAACUCUGUGCUGGACGACAACAAACUCCUGACUCUUCCCAACGGAGAGCGUCUCAGCCUGCCGCCCAACGUGCGCAUCAUGUUUGAGGUGCAGGACCUGAAGUACGCCACGCUGGCCACCGUGUCUCGCUGCGGGAUGGUCUGGUUCAGCGAGGACGUUCUCAGCACAGACAUGAUCUUCAACAACUUCGUGGCGCGUCUGCGGAGCAUCCCGCUGGAUGAGGGAGAGGAUGAGGCCCAGCGCAUGAGGAAGGCCACGGAGGACGAGGGCGAGGAGGCCGCCUCACCUAUGCUGCAGAUCCAGAGAGACGCUGCUGCAGUUCUGCAGCCGUAUUUCACCUCCACCGGUCUGGUGAUCAAAGCUCGGGAACACGCGUCAAAGAUGGAGCACAUCAUGGACUUCACGCGUCUGCGCUCGCUGAGUUCGCUCUUCUCCAUGCUGCAUCAGGCCUGCCGCAACGUGGCCCUCUACAACAACAACCACCCUGAUUUCCCCAUGCCCAUCGACCAGCUGGAGAAAUACAUGCAGAAAUACCUCAUCUACGCGGUGCUGUGGUCCUUCUCGGGCGACAGCAGGCUGAAGAUGCGAGCGGAGCUGGGAGAAUACAUUCGCCGCAUCACCACCGUGUCUCUUCCGUCCGCGCCGAACGUGCCGAUCAUCGACUACGAGGUGUCCAUCACGGGCGAGUGGCAGUCCUGGCAGGUGAAGGUGCCUCAGAUCGAGGUGGAGACGCACAAGGUGGCCUCGCCGGACGUGGUGGUGCCCACUCUGGACACGGUGCGUCACGAGGCUCUGCUCUACACCUGGCUGGCCGAACACAAGCCUCUGGUGCUCUGUGGGCCGCCGGGCUCCGGGAAAACCAUGACCCUGUUCAGUGCCCUGAGAGCCCUGCCGGACAUGGAGGUGGUGGGUUUGAACUUCUCCAGCGCUACGACUCCGGAGCUGCUGCUGAAGACCUUCGAUCAUUACUGCGAGUACCGCAGGACUCCUAACGGCGUGGUUCUGGCUCCGGUGCAGCUGGGCAAGUGGCUGGUGCUCUUCUGUGACGAGAUCAACCUGCCCGACAUGGACAAGUACGGCACGCAGCGGGUCAUCUCCUUCAUCAGACAGAUGGUGGAGCACGGCGGCUUCUACCGCACCUCAGACCAGACCUGGGUGAAGCUGGAGCGGAUCCAGUUCGUCGGGGCCUGUAACCCUCCCACAGACCCCGGCAGGAAGCCGCUCUCAUACAGGUUUUUGCGUCACGUGCCGGUGGUGUAUGUGGACUAUCCCGGCCCCGCCUCGCUCACGCAGAUCUACGGCACCUUCAACAGAGCCAUGCUCAGACUCAUCCCGUCGCUGCGGACCUUUGCUGAGCCGCUCACGGCGGCCAUGGUCGAGUUCUACACCAUGUCUCAGGAGCGGUUCACUCAGGACACGCAGCCGCACUACAUCUACUCCCCGAGAGAGAUGACCCGCUGGGUCCGAGGCAUCUUUGAGGCGCUGCGGCCGCUGGAGACGCUGCCUGUGGAGGGUCUGAUUCGCAUCUGGGCUCACGAAGCACUGCGACUCUUCCAGGACCGAUUGGUGGAGGAUGAGGAGAGACGUUGGACCGAUGAGAACAUAGACAUGGUCGCCCUCAAACACUUUCCUAACAUCGACCGUGACAAAGCCCUUAACAGACCCAUCCUGUACAGCAACUGGCUCUCCAAGGACUACGUUCCCGUGGAGCAGGAGGAGCUGCGCGACUAUGUGAAGGCCAGACUGAAGGUGUUCUACGAGGAGGAGCUGGACGUUCCUCUGGUGCUCUUCAAUGAGGUUCUGGAUCACGUGCUGAGGAUCGACAGAAUCUUCCGUCAGCCGCAGGGUCACCUGCUCCUGAUCGGCGUCAGCGGCGCUGGAAAGACCACGCUCUCCCGCUUCGUGGCCUGGAUGAAUGGACUGACUGUCUAUCAGAUCAAGGUCCACAGGAAAUACACCGGCGAGGACUUUGACGAAGACCUGCGGACAGUGCUCCGCCGCUCCGGCUGCAAGAACGAGAAGAUCGCCUUCAUCAUGGACGAGUCGAACGUGCUGGACUCAGGCUUCCUGGAGCGCAUGAACACGCUGCUGGCCAACGGAGAGGUGCCCGGCCUGUUCGAGGGCGACGAAUACGCCACCCUGAUGACGCAGUGCAAGGAAGGAGCGCAGAAGGAGGGCUUGAUGCUGGACACCCAUGAGGAGCUGUACAAAUGGUUCACCAGUCAGGUGAUCAGGAACCUGCACGUGGUGUUCACCAUGAACCCGUCGUCAGAGGGGCUGAAGGACCGAGCGGCCACCUCACCUGCCCUCUUCAACAGGUGUGUGCUCAACUGGUUUGGCGAUUGGUCCACUGAAGCGCUCUAUCAGGUGGGUAAAGAGUUCACCAGCAAGAUGGACCUGGAGAAGCCCAACUACAAAGUGCCGGACUACAUGCCCACAGUGUACGACAAGCUGCCGCAGCUGCCCACCCACCGCGAGGCUAUCGUCAACGGCUGCGUGUUCGUGCAUCAGACGCUGCACCAGGCUAACAACCAUCUGGCGAAGCGCGGUGGCCGCACUAUGGCCAUCACCCCGCGCCACUACCUGGACUUCAUCAACCACUACGCCAACCUGUUCAACGAGAAGCGCAGCGAGCUGGAGGAGCAGCAGAUGCAUCUGAACGUGGGUCUGCGCAAAAUCAAAGAGACCGUCGAUCAGGUGGAGGAGCUGCGGCGCGACCUGCGGAUCAAGAGUCAGGAGCUGGAGGUCAAGAACGCUGCUGCCAACGACAAGCUGAAGAAGAUGGUGAAAGACCAGCAGGAGGCCGAGAAGAAGAAGGUCAUGAGUCAGGAUAUACAGGAAGCGGUUUACAAGCAGCAGGAAGUGAUUAAAGUCAAGCAGCUGAGCGUGAAGCAGGAUUUGGACCAGGUGGAGCCGGCCGUCAUCGAGGCUCAGAACGCUGUUAAAUCGAUUAAGAAGCAGCACUUAGUGGAGGUGCGAUCGAUGGCCAACCCGCCGGCGGCAGUCAAGCUGGCUCUGGAGUCCAUCUGUCUGCUGCUGGGCGAGAGCACCACCGACUGGAAGCAGAUUCGCUCCAUCAUAAUGCGCGAGAACUUCAUCCCCACUAUUGUGAACUUUUCUGCUGAUGAGAUCAGUGACUCCAUCCGUGAGAAGAUGAAGAAGAACUACAUGUCCAACCCCAGCUACAACUACGAGCAGGUGAACCGGGCGUCUCUGGCCUGUGGGCCGAUGGUCAAGUGGGCCAUCGCUCAGCUGAAUUACGCAGACAUGCUGAAGCGGGUCGAGCCGCUGAGGAACGAGCUGCAGAAGCUGGAGGAUGACGCUAAAGACAACAAGACGAAGGCCGAGGAGGUGGAGCAGAUGAUCCGGGAUCUGGAGAACAGCAUCGCACGCUAUAAGGAGGAGUACGCCGUGCUCAUCUCUGAAGCGCAGGCCAUCAAAGCUGAUCUGGCUGCUGUGGAGGCGAAGGUGAACCGCAGCACAGCCCUGCUGAAGAGUUUAUCUGCUGAGAGAGAGCGAUGGGAAAAGACCAGCGAGACCUUCAAGAACCAGAUGUCCACCAUCGCUGGAGACUGUCUGCUCUCCGCCGCCUUCAUCGCUUACGCUGGUUACUUUGACCAGCAGAUGAGACAGAACCUCUUCACCACCUGGUCCCAUCACCUCCAGCAGGCCAACAUUCAGUUCCGCACGGACAUCGCCAGGACAGAGUAUCUGUCCAAUGCAGACGAGAGGCUGCGCUGGCAGGCUAACUCACUGCCUGCUGACGACCUGUGCACCGAGAACGCCAUCAUGCUGAAGCGCUUCAACCGGUAUCCGCUCAUCAUCGACCCAUCAGGUCAGGCCACGGAGUUCAUCUUGAACGAAUAUAAAGACAAAAAGAUCACCCGCACCAGCUUUUUGGACGAUGCCUUCAGGAAGAAUUUGGAGAGCGCUCUGAGAUUCGGCAACCCUCUGCUGGUGCAGGACGUGGAGAGCUACGACCCCAUCCUGAACCCGGUGCUCAACCGAGAGGUGCGCAGGACCGGCGGCCGAGUGCUCAUCACGCUCGGAGAUCAGGACAUCGAUCUGUCUCCUUCCUUCGUCAUCUUCCUCUCCACACGAGACCCCACGGUGGAGUUCCCUCCUGACCUUUGUUCGCGUGUGACCUUCGUGAACUUCACGGUGACCCGCAGCAGCCUGCAGAGCCAGUGUCUCAACGAGGUCCUGAAGGCCGAGCGUCCGGACGUGGACGAGAAGCGAUCGGACCUGCUGAAGCUGCAGGGUGAGUUCCAGCUGCGUCUGCGUCAGCUGGAGAAAUCACUGCUGCAGGCCCUGAACGAGGUCAAGGGUCGCAUCCUGGACGAUGACACCAUCAUCACCACCCUGGAGAACCUGAAGAAGGAGGCGGCGGAGGUGACCAGGAAAGUGGAGGAAACGGACAUCAUCAUGCAGGAAGUGGAGACGGUGUCUCAGCAGUAUCUGUCUCUGUCCUCGGCCUGCAGCAGCAUCUACUUCACCAUGGAGGCUCUGAACCAGAUGCACUUCCUGUAUCAGUACUCGCUGCAGUUAUUCCUGGACAUCUACCACACGGUGUUAUACGAGAACUCCAACCUGAAGAGCGCGAGCGACCACACACAGCGUCUGUCUCUCAUCACCAAAGACCUGUUCCAGGUGGCGUUUAACAGAGUCGCUCGAGGCAUGCUGCAUCAGGAUCACGUCACGUUUGCCAUGCUGCUCUCACGAAUCAACCUGAAGGGCAUGACCAGCGAGCUGUCAUUCGACGCAGAGUUCCAGCACUUCUUGCGUGGGAAAGAGAUCGUGCUGAGCGGGACGACGGUGCCGAAAGUCAAGGGUUUGAGCAGCGAGCAGUCCGAGGCCAUGGUGCGCCUCAGCCGUCUGCCUGCGUUUAAAGACCUGGUGGCCAAAGUGCAGGCCGACGAGCAAUUCUUCAUGUGGAUCGAGAGCAACUCGCCGGAGCUGUCAGUGCCGUAUCUGUGGACCGAAGAGAAGACGUCCACUCCGAUCGGUCAGGCCGUCCACCAGCUGCUGCUGAUCCAGGCAUUCAGACCCGACCGUCUGCUGGCCAUGACACACAUCUUCGUGUCUAAAGUCAUGGGAGAAAACUUCAUGGCCAUCAUGGAACAGCCGCUGGACCUGGCUAACAUCGUGGACAGUGAGGUGAAGCCGGGGACGCCGGUGCUGAUGUGCUCCGUGCCCGGAUACGAUGCCAGCGGAUUGGUGCGGGAUCUCGCAGCUGAGCAGAACAAACACAUCACCUCCAUUUCCAUCGGUUCUGCCGAAGGCUUCAAUAAAGCCGACAGAGACAUCAACACAGCGGUGAAGUCCGGCAGGUGGGUGAUGCUGGAGAACGUUCACCUGGCUCCCGGUUGGCUGAUGCAGCUGGAGAAGAAGCUUCACUCCAUGCAGCCGCAUGCCUGCUUCCGGCUCUUCCUCACCAUGGAGAUCAACCCCAAGGUCCCUGUGAACCUGCUGCGGGCCGGACGUAUCUUUGUGUUCGAGCCUCCUCCCGGGAUGAAGGCUAAUAUGCUGCGCACGUUCAGCAGUAUUCCUGUGGCGCGCAUGUGUAAGUCUCCAAACGAAAGAGCUCGCUUGUACUUCCUCCUGGCCUGGUUCCACGCCGUCAUCCAGGAGCGCCUGCGUUACGCUCCGCUGGGCUGGUCUAAGAAGUACGAGUUCGGAGAGUCGGAUCUGCGCUCGGCCUGCGACACGGUGGACACCUGGCUGGACGAUACGGCGAAGGGCCGGCAGAACAUCUCUCCGGAUAAGAUCCCGUGGGCGGCGCUGAGGACGCUGAUGGCCCAGUCCAUCUACGGAGGACGCAUCGACAACGAGUUCGACCAGCGGCUGCUCAACACCUUCCUGGAGCGUCUCUUCACCACCAGCAGCUUCGACAGCGAGUUCAAGCUGGCGCUCAAAGUGGACGGACACAAGGACAUCAAGAUGCCCGACGGGAUCCGGCGUGAGGAGUUCAUUCACUGGGUGGAGAUGCUGCCGGACACUCAGACUCCAUCAUGGCUGGGUCUGCCGAGUAACGCAGAGAAGGUCCUGCUCACUACUCAGGGCAUUGACAUGAUGGGGAAGCUGCUGAAAAUGCAGAUGUUGGAGGAUGAGGACGAUCUGGCGUACGAGACGGAGAAGAAGCAGCGCAGCACGUCCUCGUCUGACACGCAGCCGGCCUGGAUGAGGACGCUUCACACCACGGCUCGUAACUGGCUGCAGCUGAUCCCGGAGUCUGUGAGCCCGCUCAAACGCACCGUGGAGAACAUCAAGGAUCCUCUGUUCCGGUUCUUCGAGCGCGAGGUGAAGAUGGGCUCGCGGAUGCUGCAGGACGUGCGUCAGGAUCUCACCGAUGUGGUGCAUGUGUGCGAGGGCAAGAAGAAGCAGACCAACGACCUGCGCACGCUCAUCAACGACCUGGUCAAAGGCAUCCUGCCCCGCAGCUGGAGCCGCUACACCGUCCCCGCAGCCAUGACCGUCAUCCAGUGGGUGGCAGACUUCAGCGAGCGGAUCAAGCAGCUGCAGCAGAUCUCACAGGGAGCGGCUAGCGGCGGCGCUAAAGAGCUCAAGAACAUCCAUGUGAACCUGGGCGGUCUGUUCGUGCCGGAGGCCUACAUCACAGCCACGCGUCAGUACGUGGCUCAGGUCAACAGCUGGUCUCUGGAGGAGCUGUGUCUGGAGGUGAACGUGACGUCUGCGCAGGGAGCGGCGCUGGACGCCUGCAGCUUCGGCAUCAGAGGUCUGAAGCUGCAGGGGGCCACCUGCGCCAACAACAAGCUCUCUCUGUCCACCAGCAUCUCCACUGAACUGCCGCUGACGCAGCUGCACUGGAUGAAGCAGAGCAACACCGAGAAGAGGAGCAUGGUCACGCUGCCCGUGUAUCUGAACUUCACACGCUCUGACCUCAUCUUCACCGUCGACUUCGACAUCGCCACUAAAGAAGACCCGCAUCACUUCUACGAGCGCGGAGUCGCCAUCCUCUGCACCGACUAGAUGCUGCUUAACCAGCCACUUCUCUUUACUAAUCAUUGCUGUUAGUGUAGUGAGCUAAACCAUAGCUUUGCAUGUCGUGUUUAACUGGGAAGGGUUUAGAGUCAGACGCACGUUGGAAGAUGGAUUGUGUUGGGGUUUCUGAGGCAGAUGUUUUAGUAGAACAGAGGGGAUUGUGUUUGUUUUAGAUGGAAAAAUGGAAGUUGAUUCAAGUUUUGCAUGAUUGGUGGUUUCCAAUAAAGCUCAUUUAGAUUAAACGUUA